AUGUCCGGCGGGCCGCAGUAUUUGCAAGGAGUAAUGAACCCAUUACAAUCACCAUCACCACCCAACAGCUCGCCGUCGUCUUCGCUGGUCACCACCGCAGCGAUACCAACGACGGCUUCCUCGCAAGUAGUACCAACAUCUGGAGCAACCCAGCAGCCGCCCCUCCCGUCGGCACAAACGGCUGCGUCAACGGCGCUCCAGAAUGAUCUCGAAGAAAUAUUUAACUCUCCGCCCCAACCGCAAACGUUUAGUGAUGCGCCUCAACGCCAAGCCGGAAGUUUAGCACCAGGAGCACCAAUUGGUAGUACUGGUGUAGCGAUUGGAGAACAGUCGAGUACUAUAGGUGGGACACUACAAGGUGCGGGCGCACCCGGAAAUGCACCAGGAGGAGCCCAAAGUGGAGUUCAAUUCCAAUGCCCGCGUAGGCCAAACCAUGGAGUGGAGGGAAGAUCGAUUCUACUUCGUGCCAAUCAUUUCGCGGUCAGAAUCCCAGGAGGUACCAUCCAACACUACCAAGUUGAUGUCUCUCCGGACAAGUGCCCAAGAAGAGUCAACCGUGAGAUCAUCAGUUGCCUCAUUAGCUCUUUUUCGAAGUACUUCACCAACAUCCGUCCCGUCUAUGAUGGAAAACGUAACAUGUACACCCGGGAGCCACUUCCAAUCGGAAGAGAACGCAUGGACUUCGAUGUCACUCUUCCUGGAGACUCUGCGGUAGAGCGUCAGUUCUCAGUUUCUUUGAAAUGGGUUGGUCAAGUCUCCCUAUCAACUUUGGAAGAUGCAAUGGAAGGAAGAGUGCGUCAAGUUCCAUUCGAGGCUGUCCAAGCCAUGGAUGUGAUCCUUCGUCAUUUGCCCAGCUUAAAAUACACCCCAGUUGGACGCUCUUUCUUCUCUCCUCCAGUUGUCACCGGCUCUGGAGGAAUCGCAGGAAGCUCACCACCAGCACAAGCUGCACCAUCAAUCUCAUCCGGAUCGCACUCUGCUGGUCAGUACCAUGCUGAGAGCAAACUCGGAGGAGGACGCGAAGUAUGGUUCGGAUUCCAUCAAUCUGUUCGUCCAUCACAAUGGAAGAUGAUGCUGAACAUCGACGUCUCUGCAACCGCUUUCUAUCGCUCUAUGCCAGUUAUUGAGUUCAUCGCUGAGGUCUUGGAGCUUCCAGUUCAAGCUCUCGCUGAGAGACGUGCCUUGUCUGAUGCUCAACGUGUCAAGUUCACCAAAGAGAUCCGUGGACUCAAGAUCGAGAUCACACAUUGCGGACAAAUGCGCAGAAAGUACCGCGUCUGUAACGUCACACGUCGGCCAGCUCAGACUCAAACUUUUCCACUCCAACUGGAAACUGGACAAACCAUUGAAUGCACUGUCGCCAAGUAUUUCUAUGACAAAUACCGUCUUCAAUUGAAAUACCCUCACUUGCCAUGUCUUCAGGUUGGACAGGAGCAAAAGCAUACCUACUUGCCACCAGAGGUGUGCAAUAUUGUACCAGGACAGCGUUGCAUCAAGAAGCUUACCGAUGUGCAGACCUCCACUAUGAUCAAGGCCACCGCUCGCUCUGCUCCAGAGCGUGAGCGUGAGAUUUCCAAUUUGGUCCGUAAGGCCGAGUUCUCCGCUGACCCAUUCGCUCAUGAGUUCGGAAUCACCAUCAAUCCAGCCAUGACUGAAGUGAAGGGACGUGUUCUCUCCGCACCAAAACUUCUUUACGGAGGACGCACUCGCGCCACCGCUCUUCCAAAUCAAGGAGUUUGGGAUAUGCGUGGAAAGCAAUUCCACACCGGAAUCGACGUCCGUGUCUGGGCGAUCGCUUGUUUCGCACAACAACAACAUGUCAAGGAGAACGAUUUGCGCAUGUUCACCAACCAACUUCAACGCAUUUCUAACGAUGCGGGUAUGCCGAUUAUUGGUAACCCAUGCUUCUGCAAGUAUGCGGUUGGUGUCGAGCAGGUGGAGCCAAUGUUCAAAUACCUGAAGCAGAACUACUCAGGAAUUCAAUUGGUCGUUGUAGUCCUUCCAGGAAAGACACCAGUCUACGCUGAAGUGAAACGUGUCGGAGAUACCGUUUUGGGAAUUGCCACCCAGUGUGUGCAAGCCAAGAAUGCCAUCCGCACCACUCCACAGACACUCUCCAACUUGUGUCUCAAGAUGAACGUGAAACUCGGAGGAGUCAACAGCAUCCUUCUUCCAAACGUCCGCCCAAGAAUCUUCAACGAGCCAGUUAUCUUUUUCGGAUGCGACAUCACCCAUCCACCAGCAGGUGACUCCCGCAAACCAUCGAUCGCUGCGGUUGUAGGAUCCAUGGAUGCCCAUCCAAGUAGAUACGCUGCAACAGUACGUGUACAGCAACACCGUCAGGAAAUAAUUUCCGAUUUGACCUACAUGGUCCGCGAGCUGCUUGUCCAAUUCUACCGGAACACUCGUUUCAAGCCAGCAAGAAUUGUGGUCUACCGUGAUGGAGUGUCUGAAGGACAAUUCUUCAACGUCCUCCAAUACGAGCUGCGUGCUAUCCGUGAAGCUUGUAUGAUGCUUGAAAGAGGUUACCAACCUGGAAUCACGUUCAUUGCUGUCCAAAAGAGACAUCACACCCGUCUGUUCGCCGUGGAGAAGAAGGAUCAAGUCGGAAAAGCUUAUAACAUCCCACCAGGAACCACUGUGGAUGUCGGAAUCACUCACCCAACUGAAUUUGAUUUCUACCUCUGCUCGCAUGCCGGUAUCCAGGGAACAUCAAGACCAUCUCAUUACCACGUGCUAUGGGAUGACAACAAUUUGACUGCCGAUGAGCUCCAACAACUCACCUAUCAAAUGUGCCAUACCUACGUCAGGUGUACACGAUCUGUGUCUAUUCCUGCGCCGGCAUACUAUGCACAUUUAGUAGCGUUCCGUGCUAGGUACCAUCUUGUGGAUCGCGAACACGACUCUGGAGAAGGAUCUCAACCAUCUGGAACCUCUGAGGAUACCACAUUAUCAAAUAUGGCAAGAGCUGUGCAGGUACAUCCGGAUGCCAACAACGUCAUGUACUUUGCUUAA